CCCGUCCUGCCCGAGUUCCUCAUCACAGUUCCGUGCCCACAGUCAUCAACUGUAGGUACCCAGCAUGUGCUCUGAAGACAGAAUGUUCCAGACCAAGGCUGUGGUCCCGAGAGCCCUCUUCCUGGCUCUUCUGCUGAGUCUCCCAGGAGCUGAGGCCAUCAAGGCGGACCAUGUAGCAAUGUUUGACAUAUUUACACAGACACAAAAGCCAUCUGGAGAGUGCUUGUAUGAGUUUGAUGGAGACGAGAUAUUCUACGUGGAUCAGGACAAGAGGGAGACCAUCUGGCAUCUUCAGCAGUUUGGCAAAGACUUUAGCUUUGAUGCUCAGGGUGGACUGGCAAAUAUGGCCAUAGCAAAGACAAACUUGGAAACCUUGAUCCAGAUGAGCAACCACACCCAGGGGAGAAGUGAGCCUCCUGAAGUGACUGUGUUUCCCAAGAGCCCUGUGGAGCUGGGCCAGCCCAACGUCCUCAUCUGUCACAUUGACAAGUUCUUCCCCCCGGUGCUCAAUGUCACGUGGCUAAGAAAUGGACAGCCCGUCACUGAAGGAGCUUCUGAGACCAUCUUUCUGCCCAGCACAGAAUUCAGAUUCCACAAGUUCCAUUACCUGACCUUCAUUCCCACGGCCGAGGACUUCUAUGACUGCCGGGUAGAGCACUGGGGCCUGGACCAGCCGAGCGUCAGUCACUGGGACAUGCAGGAGCCAAUCCAGGUGACAGAGACGACGGAGACUGUGGUCUGUGCGCUGGGCCUGGUGGUGGGCCUGGUGGGCAUCAUUGUGGGCUCCAUGUUCAUCAUAAGGGCUCUGCACUCUAGCCGUGACCCCCGGGCCCAGGGACCUCUGUGAUAGGCCCAGUUCCCGAGAGGAUGGACUUGGGGCAGACCUGAAUCCCAGCUGCCGUUGAACUCUGUCUCAACUCCCUCCCCAGCUGCUGUGUUCUCUGCACACUGACUGACUUGCUGACCUUCAAGUCUUUAUUUGGUGCCUUACAAACUCGGCUCUUAGUAAAGUUCCCAUUGACAGAAGGCGACUUGAAGGGCUGCUGUUUUCAGCACCAUGGAGACAGCCUGGCCCUGGGCUUCACGCCCCUGCUUUUUUUUGAUGAGCCCUUUGCUGCCUCCUUCCUCAGAAUAUCCCGAGGCCAAUAAAUUCUUGUGUGUUUCA